AUAUAUAAAUGCAAGUAUGAAUUAGAACAAACUCCACACAGCACUGGGCACUGGAAGCAACUUGUUCAUCAACUCUUUUUCUUUAUCAUCAUCAUCAUAUCAUCAUCAAAGAGAGCACUCUCCAUAAUCUGACGAAUCAAACAAACAAACAAACGCGAGUAUUCAAAAGGGGUUUUGAAAUUUCAAUGCCAAUUGUUUUCUUCAAGAAGAAUUAAGCAAAAGAAUGGGGAAAGCUGGUAGAGAUUGGGGACAGAUCUAUUCAAUAUAUGGGGUUGAUGAUUGGCAAACCCCAGUAUUUCUGCUUAUUCAUGCUGUCUUCUUCUCUAUACUCUCUGUGCUUUUUCUAGUUUACUUCGAACCCAUCUGCUAUUUCUUUCAGCAGUUCUUACCUGGGCCUAGCUCAGCUCGUUUCGCCGCCGGAUUCACCGGUUCAGUCACUGCACUCUCCGCCGUUUGCCUCUUCUACGCCGCCGGCAACAUCUUCUACUCUUCCGUUUCGCUACACUGGGAAAUGGCACAGCGGAUGGUGAACGCCGUCGGUGAUUGGUCUUCCGUCAAGCAUGCUCUUGACCUUGGUUGCGGCCGUGGUAUCCUCCUCAACGCCGUGGCUCUUCAACUAAAGAAAUCCGGGUCGUCCGGUCGGGUCGUCGGGUUACAUCCAACACCGACCAGGUCUCUCUCAACUCUCCGAACUGCGGGGCUUGAAGGAGUUCAGGAGUACGUCACGUGCCGCUCGGGUGACCCGAGAAAACUUCCUUUCAGCGAUAACUACUUCGACGUGGUGGCGUCGGCGGCGUUCGUACACACAGUGGGGAAGGAGUUUGGGCAGAAAACGGCGGCGGCCGCGGCAGAGAGGAUGAGGGUGUUGGGGGAGAUGGUGAGGGUGCUGAAACCCGGCGGCGUAGGGGUGGUGUGGGAUAUGGUACACGUGCCGGAGUACGUGAAGAGACUGCAAGAAUUGAAGAUGGAUGAUAUUUGGGUUUCGGAGCGGGUCACGGCGUUUAUGGUCAACAGCCACGUCAUAUCAUUCAACAAGCCAAGUCAGCAUUUUGUGGGACCCAAUGAAGUUCGACUGGAUUGGAGACUCAACAAUCUCUGUUGACAAUACCAACAUUGCUUUAGGUUCCUGAUGGGAGCGCUGCCAUCAAAAUAUAUACUGCAGUUUCUUAUUCAUAUAUAAUCGAAUUUUCAACUGCAGUCAUCGGACAUCGAUUGAGAAAUUCCAAAAAAAUCUUUGUUGAAAAUUGCAAAAUAUAUUCCUAUGAAACGAAGAAGAUAGUAAUAGGAAAUACAAUCCAUAUGGUGAUAAUAGUGUUAAGUUAUGGGUACUGUUUUUCUACUUUUUAAAUUUGUAGGGGCCUGUUUGGCAAUCUGGGAAAGCAAAGUGGACCCAGAGGCAAUAAAUGAUAGGGAUAGGAAUAGUAAUAUGUACUAAUUCUAAGAUUAGUUCACAUAUUGAAAAUGAUAUGUAUACAGAGUGUUAUUUUCCCCAUUUUGAUGAGGGAAUUUGAAAUUGCUCUUCUUUAUAUGAAUGGUGAUAUGUUAAUUAUUGUAAUUUGUACAUAAUGUUUUUGAUAUACAAGUCUAAUUAUUAUUUCUACU